CAGCCGCCAGCCCUUUGGUGCAACUUGGCCGGUUGUCUCAGAAACAGUAGUGUUGUACCCUGUGUAGGCCUUUUCACACGAGAGGGCGAAGGAUGUGUUAAAACGUCUCAGAAUUAAUUUUUUUGGGUGGGUGGGGGAAGGUUAUCGCUACGUAACUAGUGCCCUAAUUCGUAUUUGAUAGUUUGGGUUUACAGCAAUUAUAUAUAUAUUUAGUAGUCAUUUCUCUUUGUUUGCUUUUCCUGCCAUAAUGUGAAAAUUAUUAUUUUCUAGUUCUUGUAGCUGAAAAAAAACCCCUGUGAUCCAACCAGUUAUGGCUAGUGCCCGGAUUUCUGGAAAUGAAGAAAGGUAUUGAUACAGAAAAUGAAGAUUUAAGAAUUGUUAACUGUUAAUCACAGAUUAAAUAUGUGCAGGGAGAUCUUUUUACUUGUCCAGAAACAGAUUCCUUGGCGCACUGUAUUAGUGAGGAUUGUCACAUGAGUGCUGGCAUAGCUGCUAUUUUUAAGAAGAAGUUUGGUGGUGUUCAGGAACUUUUGAACCAACACAAGAAGACUGGAGAUGUGGCUAUUCUGAAGAGAGAAACUAGAUACAUAUAUUACUUGAUCUCAAAGAACAAAUAUUUUCAUAAACCUACAUAUGACAAUUUACGGAGGAGUUUAGAAGCUAUGAAAAUCCAUUGUCUGAAAAAUGCAGUAACUCACAUUUCUAUGCCAAAGAUUGGUUGCGGACUUGACCGUUUGGACUGGAAGAAAGUUUCAGCAAUUCUUGAAGUAGUAUUUGAAGAUACAAAUAUUCAUAUUACAGUUUAUACUCUUUAAUUCCUAGUAUAAUUGUCUUUUCUGUUUGUUGUUAUAUCCUUGUAUUUUAGCUGGCAUAGGCUGAUAGAAUUAUCUUAAUUCCAGUAUCCACAAUUCGUUAAGUCAUCUGCUCUACUCAAUUUUUUUUUUAAAGUCAAAAUGUACAUUCUAGUGUUCAGAUACUUUGUGUUUAGCAAUUUGUUUAUUUAGCAAUUGGAAGAUGUUAUUUUAAGAAAAACACUGAAUAAAACUGAAAAUUUUUGAUCUAUAUUUGCAAUCAUGUGGAAGAAAUUAGAAUAAGGUGGAAAGUUGUAUUUCAGUUAAAGAUUUAAAUGUUUACAAAAAAACCCCAGAUGUUCACAUAUAUAAAUAAAAGAGCGUUUCCAAAUACGAGUUUUAUGUAUUUAUGCUUUUGAAAUAUUGCAGUAUAUCAGUUGCACAUGUUAAAAUUAUUCCUGUCCACCCAGGUCAAUUGUUGAAAUGUGUGGGGGUGCUAUUUAAACAUUCCAUGAAUAAAUAGAAUGCUGAAUCAGAUUUGCUUAAAUGGUUUCUUUAACAGAGUACUUAUUGCUAAAGUAGCAAAUGAGUGCUAGAUAAAAUAAUUUAGUGUGAAUAUGAGGGCAAUUUUUGACUAUCUCCAGGCCAAAUUUAUAAUAAAAAUGGAUAAUGGAAUAAAAAUCAUAUUUUAAAUCUAUGCAAAAGAGGUCUUUUCAAAUUAGAAGUAUAAUUGGGGACAACUUACUGAAAACUAGGUGUGUUUAGUGAGAUUGUAUUCUUGGCAUUUGUUUAAUUUUAAAAAAAUUAUAAUAAAAAUGCUUUAAAUUUUAUAAGCAGCUGAGCCAGCAUUCAUUAGGAAAUUAUUUCUCAUUGAUUAACAGAGACCAAUUUUUUUUUAAUAUAUAUGCUAAUCAGUUCACAAGUGCAAAAAUAUUUUUACCUCCCUCAACCAAUGCUUUGAAUGAUCACUGUCAAUAAAAUAAUUAGUAAUCUCUUUCCCUAUUAACAUUUUCCUUUGAUUUCUCCUACUAUUGACUGAAUAUUAAUUUAAAAUUUUUAAAUAUUAAAAAAUUAAAAAUUUAAUUGUUAAAUUUAUUUUUUGAAGUUCUUUGGAUGGGACUUUUGUAAACACAAAUAAUAGAACUUUGCUUUGAUUCUGUUCUUUGUUGUUUAUAAUGUUUUUUCUUCUAUGUGAAUAAAGCACUGCAGUUUAUGUAUUUAAAAAAAUCAAAUCCCUA